AUGAAUAAAAAUAAUUCCUUCUUCAAAUAACUUCUUUUUUAUUUUUUUUACUAAAAAAAUUUUAAAAUCAAAAGCAAAAAUGAAAUUGAAUUUGAGAGCAUGUAAAAUUUAAGUAAUGCUUUAGCUAAAUGCACUAAUCUCUAAACUUUGGGUCUUGAAAUCAAUGAUGAAUUAAAUGACCAAUCUGUAUCAAGUCUAAGAUUAGCUUUAUUAUAAUUAACUAGACUCUCGGUUUUGAAACUCGACCUAAAUAAUAAUGCAAUUGGAUUAUUAGGUGUUUAAAGUUUAGCUUCUGCUCUAGAGAAAUAAGUCAAUUUAAAAACUUUGAAACUUUAUUUAAAUUAUAACAAUAUUUCUGAAGAGGGAACUUUUAUUUUAAGUAAAGCUAUUUCAAACUGCAUUAAUCUGUCUACUCUAGUGCUAAGUAUACGCCGUCAUUUAUUCGUUGAAAAACGAACAUAAAAAUUGUGUUCAAAUCUAGCUAAAUGCACUGAAAUACAAGAUUUAUAGUUAAUUCUUGACGGAUACUAAAUUGGAUAAGACGGCAUAUUUGAGUUAUGUUAAAUAUUAACAAAUUGUAAAAAAAUAUCAUCCUUAUCACUUGAUCUUAGUUAUUCUGAUAUUGGCUAAGAUGGUAUAGAGUGUAUAACUUCUAGUUUAGAAAACAAUAAGAAUUUAUCUAGCUUAUAACUAACAUUUUAUGAAAGAAGUAUCGCAUAAUUCGCACUUUAAAAUCUUAGCUAAAAUCUAUCUAAAUUUAAUAAUCUCUCUACUUUGAAACUUACUUUGUAAUUUGAUUAAAUUGAAGAAGAGAGUACAUCAAGCUUAGGUUUUACUUUAUCAAAUUUAACAAAUUUAUCUACUUUGCAUCUUGAACUUAAUCAUCAGGAAAUUGGAGAUAAAAGUAUGGAAGGAUUAAGCUUUGCUUUUAAAAAGACAAACAUUCUCUCACAUUUAUUUCUAGACUUGAGGUAUAAUAAAAUUGGAAACAGAGGUUUAUCAAGUUUAGCUCUUGCUUUAGAAAAUUGUUCCAAUCUUUCAACUUUACUUCUUUAUUUUAAGUAGAAUUAAAUUGGAUCUUAAGGCAUAUUAGAUUUAGCUUCCGGAUUAAAAAAAUGCACUAAAAUUUCAAAUCUGACUCUCAGUUUUAUAAUAAAUUCUAUUUGUGAUGAAGGUGUUUAAGGUUUAGGUUUAGCUUUAGCAAAUUGUGCUCAUCUCACAAUUUUACAACUAGAAUUAAGUGGCAAUAAAAUUAGCUAUUCUUGUGCAUCAUAGUUAGCUCUUCAAUUAAACAGUUGUGCUAGACUAUCAACGUUUAUAUUUUAGCUAGUCAUUAAGGAUAUGGAUGAAGCAUAAAAGUUAUAACUAAGAAAAUAAUAUUGCAAAAUAAAAAGAUUAGUGAAAAAGUUUAUUCUUAUAUGA